ACUGAGCGCGUAUGCUCAGAGUUGCAGGGUAAGUUUAUUAUAAGAAACGUUGUUUGUUUAUUUUUCCCUCAUGACUAACGGGUUACUGUAUAUCUGCUCUAUCAGAAGCUUCAGGAGGUCUCCAGCAGUACAUAUUUAACCCUAGUCUUAUCAUCAUCCUUUACCUUUUCCUCUCUUUUACUGAGUUUGAGAGAUUGGAGCCAAGAGGCACUAAGAGCUCCUUCCUGAUUUUCCACGUAUUCCAGACACGUAUGUGCGGACAGAAACCGAUGCGUUCCCAGUCCUCAGGCCUCUGUUUAAGUUCAGUGAUGCUGUUGUGUCUGUUGUGAACUCAAACUGAAGAUAUCUGAUCAUCAGCAGUGUCUGAAGACUGAUCCCAGAACAGUCUCGGCCUACGCACAGUCUCUGUGAUCCAAAAUCUUUUCCUGCAAUCAUCAUGAUUGACUUGAGCUACCUGACAGAGGACGAGCAGGAGAUGAUCCUGUCGGUUCUGAAGAGAGAUGCUGAGCUGAAACAUAAAGAAGAGCAGCGAAUCAAAAAGCUGCAGAAGACCGAGCGAGACAGGAGCAAACUGAAGUACCUGACAGGAGAAUGGUUUUACGAGACCAAGUCAAACAGACACAGAGACAAGAUACCUGGCUCCGACAUCAUUAGAGCCUCCAUGACAUGCAGGAAACCUGUGACUAUAAUGGAGCUCACACAGAUCUGGCCAGGAAAGUCUAGCUUUUUGAAAUGCGAGAGCAAGGACAUCUAUAUCCCACCAGAACUGUCUGGAUUAAUAGGGGAAGCGUCAUCUGCAUAUGAUAACAGGGAGGAUCACUACCAAGGGGCAGAAUGUAAACCUUCCACACACCCUCAGACAAAGGCUAGACAGAAUCCUUUCAACAGUAAGCCCAUAGGGUUAGACUCUCCUGUAAAGACAGAUGGACAUUUGCAAACUGAUGUAAAGAUCCAACAGAUACCAGGGAACUCGCACCAGGUUCCUGCAGAUCAGCAGCCAGCAGUGGAGUCACUGUCAUCACCACCUAAACCGUACCGGGCAUCACAGAUCCCUGCUGAGGAUCAUCAUGAGGAUCUUGCUGAGCCUCAUUCCUCGCAGGUGUCUGAGCCCUCUGACUCUCUUGUAGAACAAGGUAAGGUCAAUCAACUCAGCACAGAGACCCAAUGCCAUACGUUAACAGAGGAGGAUGAAUGCUCCAUCAGUAAGGUACUUGGGUGGGUUGGAAUGAUGUCCAAAGGAAACGAAAGGCCUGGUGUUCAAGAGGAGCAGAACAGAGAAGGUCCUGCGUGUUCUGGUACUCCACACACAGAAAAUGCAUCUCACACUCGGACAGAAAUAAAAGCAAAACCCUCACCAAAACUUAGGAUGGGUCUACUUGGGCUGUUUUUAGGAAAAGACAGAGUUGAGACUUCGGAAUAUUUGCUAGAUAAAGAUGAUAUGGAUUAUGUGCGUCGACCUGAUGGCAAACAAGACAACAUAAUUUUAGGAUGUUCUGCACAAAAUUCUGCUUCUGGACUGAACUUUGUAACAGGAGAACUUGAAGCAAAUCCAUGUCUUUCUAUGAUAGAUGAUAGAUCGGACAACUUAGCUGAUGACUACAUCCAACGAAGAGAGAGUCUAUACCAAGAUGAAGGAUCACAAAAUCGACAUGCCAGCCUGAUAUCUUUUUGGGAGAGCAGGAACAAAGAGCCAAAAGUAUUGAGUAUCAAAAAAAAAGAGACCAAUGAGAACAAAGUGUCAGACCGAAAGAUAUCAAAGGUAGAGUUUUACUUAAGCCCACCAAAAGCAAAAAAUUUCGAUUAUACAGAUAUUUGUGAGUCAUAUAAAGGUUCUUCUGAGUCACAUAAUCAAACCAGACAUAACAUUUCUGUUAAACCAUUUGUUGAGGAGAAAACGUCAUCUUGCGAUACUGGUCAGAAGCCACAUGAGCAUGGACUUGAAAUUGAAAGCACGACUGAGUCACUGAAUUCACCAACUAAACAAAUGCAUAUAUAUAAACUAAAGGAAAUUUAUUCUCCUGUGCUGUCAGUCAGAAAGGCUAUUACUGAGCGGACCACUUCUACCAGCCCAAAUCGAGUGGAAAGUCCUGAGACAAGUAGCUCCUUUUCAAACAGAGAGCUUGGUGAGUUAAAGGCUUCAUCAAAGGGGAAACUCAGUCAACGUUCCAAAAGAGUCACUGUAAAUAGUCCUCUAGAUGACACAGAUAGGACAUCAUACAAUAGAUCUCCAUUUAAGACGUGCAUGUUAGGUUCAGACGAACGCAUUAAGUUCAGUUCAGUAUCAUACCCCAUCAGAAAUAUCGGCUCAGUCUCUCAGGAUCACAGUGACCAGUCAACAGGUGAUACAAUGAAAAUCCUAGAGCAAUCCAGAAUACUCAGCCCAAGACACAUGCCGAAAAUAAUGCCUAGAGGUUUAUAUCCAGUCAAGGAGUUUAGAAUGGUUGGGUCCCCCAACCAAAGGCUGAGAGCCUUUCCUAUAGAUAUCAAUCCAACUGAGAAGACACACUUGAAAGGUUUGGAACACACACCCAGAGGACAGACCAGGUAUCCACAUGGACUGUCAAGUCCUGGGAAAGAUGGGAACUUGCUGGCUGAGAGGCUAGAGCAGCAUAUCCUGUCUUUACCAGGAAAUACAUCUGAGAGAAACAUACAGUACCAGCUUACAUCUCCACACUCUCCACCAUGCUUUGGAAGUUCCCAGGCUCCAGGAACAAUCUGCAUAGGCAACGUCAAUAGUAAACAGACUAGUCAAGUCCAUCCCUUACCUGUUUCACAAGGACAAACCUCUGUACAGCUGAUAACAUCACCUGAUCACCAUAGAAAGACCACUACUAAAAGAUCUGUUGAAGGUAUUAAAGAUGUAAUACCAGUAGUGCUCACCAAACAAAUGCAGCUGGAUGGCUUGCAGUGCAAAACUUCCGUUCAUCUGAGCUGUCAGCAUCCCCUAAGCUUAGCUGAGUCCACACACGUAUCUGGGUUUUCAGACCAACCAGACAAGCAAGAGUGGGCUGGAGUACAUGUGUGCGAGAGUUCUCAACACAUGUCACCCUCUCGAAAAUCCCAGCCUGAGUCUGUGAUCACCCCUGACUCCUCCAGCAGCACAUCAGCUGAAGCCUGGUCUUUGUCUCGGACAAGUUCAGCCUGUGAGCACUAAUUUACUUGGUCCAGUCAAGGUUCAGUAAAAACAGUUUGGAGUUUUGCUAGAAGCAGGGUUUACUACGACAAUGUCCACCGUUUGUCAUAUGUUUUAUAUACUUUCAAUGAUUUUUCUAUCAUUUUACAACCUUACUUCUUCAUUGCAUGUGUCUAACUUUUACCAGGUUAACUUUUCCAGAUAAUCACUUUAAACAAAAAAGAAACAUUUAAUUAUAUAGCAGUAUAUUUCAUACCAUCAUGUGAUCUUUGCAAUUAUGACAUUAUCAGCACAGUAAAUAACCAGUUAUAUUUGUUAUUAUAAAGCUAUUUUUGUCCAUUUUUGUUGAAGCCAAUGGCAAGGCGGAUUCUAAUAUGUAAACUAUAAUGACUUCUCACAAGAAGCUAAAUCUUUGAUAAGUUUAAGACCAAAAAUACCAUGUAAUUUAUAGCUACUGUUUUUUACUUCAUUUUCUAUUAAAAAAAAAAAUGAUGUUAGUUCUAGCGUACAUUUGUAUAGGUAGUAAUCAGUCAUGGUUUUUGAUGUCUGAAGUUGUAAAGCUAUGUAUUGAUCCUACAGUUUGACAUUAUUUCUUUUAGGUGACAAUGAGGGUCCUAGCGUAGUAAGAACAGUACAGAAGCAAGCCAGCAUCAGACCCCUUUCUAUUUCCAAGAGUUUAGAGGACCUGGUAACCCUGCCCUU